UCAUAUAGUGUUUUGUGAUUUACAGAAAAGCUAGACCAUGCCUGGCUUUCCGGACAAUAUCUUCAAGACCCCGGAUAAUCAGAAGUACAGGUGUCCUUUUUGCCAACUAAUUCUGAGGGACCCUGUACAGACACAUUGUGGCCAUCGGUACUGUUCAUCGUGUCUUGACAUCUUCAACCCGGGUGAUGGAGCAGCAAGAUGUUUGUCCUGUCCGAAAGAGUCCCCUCCUGAAGACACAAUCCUGGACAGAAGCCAGAUGUACAGGGACAGAUUUGCCGAACGAGAGAUCGAACAGAUGGAGGUGACCUGUCCCAUGACUGGCUGUGGUUGGGAGGGCAGUCUUGGAGACCUUAUCCACAAGCAUCACUGCCCUGCGACUGACGACGGACCACUGCCUCCUGCUGACACUCAGGCGACAGGGGUCAGCGGACAAGACCAAGGGGCUGGCGGCCCAAAAUUUCCUGAUGAGAACGAUGCAUUCACUCUGGCUGCAAACCAGCAAGUGAUGAGCCCUCUGAGGGGAGCAUGCGCAUCAACGUCAAGGCCGACUGACGAAGGCCAAGCGUCCAGUCCCUCAAACGACGAGAAAAAUCGGGUGGUGCGUCUUCAGGUUCAGAUGUCGAAUCUCGAGAGGCAGGGGAAGUAUCUGACAAACGUAGCAACGAGGGUGGGCACAAGAUGGCAGGCGGUUGGCGAAAGACUUGUCGCUUGCCAGGGAGCAGCUGGAAGACUCGCAGCCCAGAUGGAGGCUUACGAACAACAACGUCGUCGGGAGACAAGAGUCGGCACGUUUGAAGGGAUCGUCGCCGUUCUGAACCGUGAGAUCGAGAAGUGCAGCUCCCAGAUGGAGGCGUACGAACGACAACGUCGUCAGGACAGGGAGAUCAUCGAAACUCUGGAGAGGAAGGUCAGAUCUCUGGAAAGGAUCAUCGCUCUGAAGGACGUUGCCCUCGCGGAACAAGACCUCCGGAUCCAGACCCUCGAAUUGACCAGCUAUGAUGGCAUCCUGACAUGGAAGAUCGCAGACUUCACCCGUAAGCGCCACGACGCCAUCACGGGGAAGACAGCAAGUUUCUACUCACCAUGUUUCUUCACCAGCCGUACAGGGUACAAGAUGUGCGCCCGGAUCUACCUGAACGGAGACGGGAUGGGGAAGGGCACUCAUGUCAGUCUGUUCUUCGUCGUCAUGAGAGGGCACUACGAUGGACUUCUGCGCUGGCCGUUUAGACAGAAGGUGACAUUCAUGCUGCUUGACCAGAACAACCGUGAACACGUGAUCGACGCGUUCCGUCCUGACCCGACCAGCUCGUCCUUCCAGCGGCCCACCAGUGACAUGAACAUCGCCAGUGGAUGUCCGCUCUUCGUGCCGCUCAGUCAGCUAGACAGCAGCAGCCAUGGUUACGUCAGAGACGACACUUUGUUUAUCAGGGUCAUCGUCGACACUUCAGAUCUAGAUCGUUAGAUCAAUGCACUAAGGUAUGUAUUUGAGGCUGUAAAUGCCAGGCAUUCACGUACAAAGACCAAAACUCUAUUACAUUGGAAAGACGGAGAAGAUGAAAAAAUAUUUACUUACGGAAAACGCCUGCAUGGUACAGCUUUAAUUACUUACCGA